UCGUGUACACGUUGUCGUUGGGUAUACACUUGCCGUAUGUCAUGGUCACUGUGUUAGUGUUAGCAGAUAGUGAAGAAGACAGAUGAGGUUUUCUCCAAGCCGGUGGAUGGCUUUUUCCGGACAGAAUCCAUGGAGGUUAGGUUAUUCAAACCAAUUCUUCUCUACAUCUAAAGAAGAACCAGGACUCGAUGACUUCACGAGUUACUUAGAUUCCCUCAAGAAUUUCGAAAAAUCAGGCGUACCUAAAGGCGCCGGCACCGAUUCCGACGACGGUUUUGAUCUCAGUCGUAUGCGGCGGCUUAUGGAGCUUCUCGGAAAUCCUCAAUCUAAGUUUCAGGCUGUACAUAUCGCGGGAACGAAAGGAAAAGGAUCAACCGCGGCGUUUUUGUCUAAUAUUUUACGAACUGAAGGAUAUUCUGUUGGUUGUUAUACUAGUCCACAUUUGGUGACUAUACGGGAAAGGAUGUCGAUAGGAAAACUAGGUGAGCUGGUAUCGGCAGACGUUUUAAAUUCUCAUUUUCGUCGGAUUAAGCAGAAGCUUGACGAGGCAAUCCAGUUAGAAAAUGGAUAUUUGAGCCAUUUCGAGGUUCUUACUGCUAUAGCGUUUUCUCUAUUUGCUCAAGAGAAUGUUGACAUUGCAAUUAUUGAGGCUGGACUUGGGGGUGCUCGAGAUGCUACAAACAUACUGUGUAGUUCUGGACUUGUUGCUUCAGUCAUAACUACAAUUGGUGAGGAACAUUUGAUGGCGCUGGGGGGUUCUCUAGAAAGUAUUGCAAUGGCAAAGGCUGGGAUCAUUAAACACGGUCGUCCACUGGUUCUAGGUGGGCCUUUUCUUCCUCAUAUCGAAUGCAUUCUUCGUCAUAAAGCAUCAUCGAUGUAUGCUCCUGUAGUAUCAGCAUCUGAUUCUGGAAUCAGAACGACCAUUAAAAGCCUUGGCAUAUUUGAUGGCAGACAUUGCCAGUUAUGCGACAUGGCAAUAAGAGUUGAGAAGGAUUUUCAGUUGUUUAUUGAGCUUUAUGACAUGAAAAUGCGCAUGCUUGGAAGUCACCAACUACAAAAUGCAGCUACUGCCACAUGUGCAGCACUAUGUCUCCGAAAUCAAGGAUUCAGAAUUUCUGAUGGAUCUAUCAGGCUUGGUUUAGAAAAUACAUACUUGCUUGGGAGAAGUCAAUGCAUAUCAUGCGCAGAAGCUGAACAGCUAGGAUUACCUGGAGCCACCAUACUGCUUGACGGAGCUCACACUAAAGAAUCUGCAAAAGCUUUGGUGGAGACACUACGAAUGACAUUUCCAAAAGCACGAUUAGCCAUUGUAGUUGCAAUGGCUAGCGACAAAGACCAUUUGGCUUUCGCAAGAGAAUUUCUUCUAGAUAAACAAGUAGAGGCAGUCUUCCUAACAGAAGCUGACAUUGCUGGAGGCAAGUAUCGAACAACUCCAGCUCCAUUGUUAAGAGAUUACUGGAUACAAGCGGCUGAAGAAUUAGGCAUCAGUACACUUCAUGAUGGAAUGGCAGAAUACCAAGAACUAUUUAAUAAUAUAUCUGGUUCUACCGAAAGAGAACGGGAAGGCAUAAUCACAUUGGUCGCUGACAAAUCUUUCGAGGUUUCAAUGAGAGCUGCAUAUGAGUUUCCGAGGCGAAAAAGAGGGAACCAGUCAAAUGUAGUUGUGGUAACAGGAUCUCUGCAUAUUGUAUCAUCAGUAUUAGCUCGCCUCCAUGAUUAGGGUAAAAUCUAAAAUGUACGAGAACAUUAUUUUUUAGCCAAAUGUUCAAUUUGAAGUGACUUGUUGUCUAUUUAAUAAAAAUUGAAAGUUUUCAAGCA